ACUUCCUCGUUGAACCUGUUGUCGUCGACGGUCCCGGAUGACGGCUUGACCAAGCUCUGAGGUUCCAUCCUGCAAUACAAAGUGGUCAUAACAAGUCGGCGUGUCAUGUAUGUUUUCUAACUGUCAGCUCACCUGUCCCAGUUUGUGUCCCAUUUUUCACUUGGGGUAAAAUUGGUGGUCCAAGAGGCAUACGCGUGCUUUUUAUUUUCGCUGUGAAAAAUAUAAUAAGACACCAAGGCACCUCCAACAGCGCUCGCCCCAGCAACAACGUAGUGCUUGAACUUGCCGAGAUGCGACAUUUUAUCUACACACGCCUACCGGCGGAAAAACCUUUCACUCCCUUAAUGAUAACGUCAAGGAAUGAGCAAAUUUCCUAGAACUACAUGACACUACUGCCACACAUAAACGCCGACGAAAGAAUUACAGAAUGUGUUGUACUUGUUAUCUUUAUUUUACGACCACGAUUCAGUUCACAACACAGCACGCGAUAACCGGCACACGCCCCUGAAGGUAACUCCUGUCUUGUGACUUCUUAUACUUCCGUGAUUACUGCGAUAAUAAUCACCAAGUUGUCGUUAGUCAGCUGUUCACCUGGCAAAAUCUUGUCACUGGAACUUCGAGCGUAUUGGAAGACCUUUGAAGAUUGACCAUUUUCGGUCAUUUUUGAUUCGAAUUACUUUUUGCAGUGAAAAAUCGUGAAAUCAAAUUUUAUUAUCUCUUACUUCAGUAGUGUGUUUGGUAGGUCUUGAAUUCUUAGUAGUUUUGAAGUACUUAAAGUAACGUGAGCAAUACGAGUAAGUUUAAAAUUGUGAUAAAUUCAACGUCUGAAGAUGUCGAAAACUGUGGAUAUGGAAUUAAAGAAGGCAUUCACGGAGCUGCAACAAAAAAUGUUGGAAACUACUCAGAAAUUGAAAUUGGCAGAUUUGCAGAUAGAAGCACUGAAGCGAAAUAUUCAACAUUCACUUCUAACAGACAAAGAAAUAUCAGCAUUGUCUCCUGAUACAAGGACUUACGAAACUGUUGGCCGAAUGUUUCUGCUUACUGAUAUUGCAGAUGUGAGGAAAAAUUUACAGAAGAAAUCUGACACUUACUCAGAAAAAAUCAAAUCUUUGGAGAACAAGAAGAAUUAUUUGGAACAGAAUUUGAAAGAUAGUGAGAACAAUCUACGGGAAAUGGUGCAGCAGCGCAAGGAAGCUGCGGAAAAUAGCUAGUGAUCUUCACCAAUAUUGCUUUUGACCCAUUUUCUCUUCUUAGAACAUUCACAAUUAUUGCUUACUAACUGAACCUUUGAACUUUAAUUAAAAUCUUAUUUUGUGAUGACCUGUGUGUAACACUUAAGCGAAGUGUUUCUUUUUUAACUUCAUCCAAGACAUUGUGACAUUUAACAUUGUUUUGCUUAUAAAUAUGUGUUGUGCGAGUGAUUUUGGAACAAAAUUUGAAGAACUGUGAACAAUGUGUGGAAUAAUGCAAAGAAACCACUAGUGACCAAUGUCUGCUUUGCUUUUUUCUAAUAUUUCUAAAUAUGAAAUCUUAAAUUGUUUAAUUUAAUUUUGGUCGUGAGAAAAUAAAAGAAGCCAUUGUUUCAAAAUAAUUUAAUUUGCAGUUUUAUGGGAAUUUUAAUGUAAUUCAAUUUUAUGAAGAUCCUCUAUCAGCUAUGUUUUAUCUUCUUCCAUACAGAUUUUAUAAUGUAUUUGACUGAAAUUUACCUGUAUUUAUCUUUUAUUAGCUUUCUGCAGCAGAAUGUCAUCUUUUCCUCAGAGCCCCAAAACCUUUGAAAUAUGGUUAAUUGCUCAAUACUAGCAGUAACCAUAAACUCAAGUAUUUUUUGCUGAAAUAAUUUGUGGCACUUUAUCUAUUUUAAUACAGUUACGGUUUCGUUAAGUAAAAGUUGCAACACCCAAAUAUUUCGAAAUGUGAAGAACUUUCUGGCUGUUAAUUUUUUAAAUAUGUUACAAUUAAAUAACAUUUA